AAAUACAGGAACUGCACACAUCUUAUAGCAAAAAAGCUUUGCAAGAGUGAAAAGUUCCUAGCUGCCUGUGCUGCAGGUUCUGAUGCUGAAAUGCUAUGGUCAAGCAACUAAAAAUGCAUUUAAAAUGAUAAUUAAUUAAGAUUUGUAUUAAAAUGUGUUCCCUGGAAGAAUUUUAUGAUAAAUUUAGAGAAUUUUAAGGAGUUGAAAAAUUUCAUGGUCCUCGUUUAUUGACUGUUUAAGUGUGAUCUUUACUUUUCCCAUACUGUAUUAUAAGAAAUUGAUAAAGCAGUUAUUGGGCAGGAUUUACUUGAAUUGAGGAGAUUAUAGAUAGAAGUAUCUAAAUGUGGACUUAAGUAUAAAGAUACCUGAAAAAUGAAUGAUUUUAUGUUUACACUUGUAUACUAUAUAUGUAUAUACGUACACUUAUAUACUAUAUUUGUAAGCAUUCUUACUCAUCUUCUGCUGCUCAAAUUUAGGAAUACCCAUAGACUGUUACUUGUAGCAGUCUAAAAUUCUGAUCAAACUGGUAUCAGAGAGUAGGUGAUAGACCAACAUUUUCAUGAGAGAAAGAAUGUUAAAAUAUGGAUAAAUUUCUGGUCUAGCAUUUCAUUUUAACUCUUGAAACUACACAUUUUAGAUAUCAAAUCCAUCUAUUUCUAGUUUUGGAGAUUUAAACAAAUGGACACCACUAGCUACUUGCUAAUGCAAAACUUCUAUGUUACUCUCUUUACAAUCUUUCUUAUGUACCUUCUAAUACAUCUUAAUCUGCAAGAGGCACCAGUUUUGCAUAAUCAUUAUUCUUGCCCUUGAUAACAGAAUGUGUUCAUUCCUACUGUAAUUCUUUCCUGUGAUCACAUUUAAACUAGUCUUAGUGAAUGUAAAUACUGACAUGGAUGCCAGUUCUCAUGAAGUCCCCAGCAGAACAAAUUUCUGAGAUAGAAUUUUCAAAAUGAAAGAGAUUUUUAAUAUCCAGGUUGUGCACAGCAUACCUGUUGCAGUCAGAAGUGUGCUGGUACCUAUGCUAGGUUAUGUGGAAGUGUUAGGUUAUAUAGAAGUACCGUCUGUGCACUGAGACGUUCUGCCAGUCAAACCUGCUGUUCUGCAAAACCAAUUAAGUUCACACAAUUCAAGUCAAUUUCUCUUUCAGUAUCUUCUGUAGGUAGUAUUUCAAAAAAAGGAGCAGGUUACUUAACCACAGCUCUUGACCUGAACCCGUAAGAAUAGAGACAGAGAGAAAAAGGGGAAGAUCAUUAUGUGCAGUAUCAGAAGCAUACAUGCAGAAGGUAAAACAAGAGAGGUGGAGGAGGUGGAGCCAAAGGAGGACAGGAAAAGGUUGAAAGAAAAAGAAAAAUGCGUAAAACCGUAUCCUCCUAGUAUUGGUAUUCACUAUUCUUGUGGUUUUAGUAAAACAGCUUGCAUGUUAAAAACAUCAUCUUUAUUUCCUUAUUUUUAAUUGUCAGAGGCAAAAUAUUUCUUCAGUGUAUUGAAUUAAUUCCUUAGCCAAAAAAAAAAAGAAUCCGAAAUGCGCUUUGACAGCAUUGUUACAUAUCAAAGAAGUGCACCAAAUGCACCUCAGAUCUGCCUAGGUAACUGUAAAAGUGUCAACUUCUGUUAAAAACGAAGGGUAGCUAAAUUCCUUACAAGAACAAAAUCUGGGAAGUUGAAAUCUUCCAUUUGCAGAUAGACAAGUAGUUCAUCUGGGAAGAGUAAAAAGGUACUUGAUCAUUAAAAGAAAACAAAAUGAUCGUUUUCAGUGGUAUUGUGAGAUUUCUGAAUUUAAAGCGUAAAGAUGAGAACUCUUGUAAUAGGAAGAAGUUUUUCAAAUGGUACUUGUAAUUCCAGUUUUUAUUUGCAGAAGAGAAGUUUAAGUUAAUUUUAUAGUAGAUCUUCAGUUGAUUGCCAUUUGUCUGCGCUAAAAAAUCUUUUGUGGUUGACAGUUCAUUUGCUUUUUAGGAAAGUGGAUACUAACUAAGGAGUACAUAAUUAAUAGUGCCGAAAGUGGCAGAUGGCUUGAUGAAACAACAUACGAAUGGGGAUAUAAAAUUGAAAAAGACACCCAUUAUUCACCUCAAAUGCAAUCUGCACCUAAAAGAUGGCGCAAAGAGCUGAAAAACUCUGGUGCUCCAGGGGCCUUCCACAGAUGGAAAGUUAUCCUCGCUGUUAAGGAAGGUUAUAAACAAGUGGCACCUAUUAGAAGAGUUCUAGAAGCUGGAAAGGCAACCGUGUGUUCAUCUCAGGAUGUCGAGAGUGAUAUUACUCAUGUAUUCGUCCUUAAUAAUUUUUUUCCUGUGCAAAAAGAGAAAUGCUUCUCUGAAGCUCAAUGCUACCCUUUGCAAUAUGUAGGAGAUUACCUUUUGGAGAAGGAUAUACAAAAUACUGAAGUUGCCCAAAUUAAGGGUUUUCUGCCAGCACAGGAAACUGACAGAAACAAGUCUAAUAUGCAGCUUAUUGAAAUAAAAAAUGCUGUGAUAAAGCAUAUGUAUUUUGUUGAGGCUGCAAAACAGAAGUUUGCUCAUAAAGACUUUCUGAAUAAGUGCAAUCCAAAGGUUAAAAAUACUAACCUGUCCAGAGGCAGAUUGUAUAUAUUUGAAGAAUUAAUAGAAGAGCAUUUAUUAUCUGAAGUGAUUAUAGAACUCGCUGUUGGUCAGAAGUACUCUUUACCUCCUGUUCAACUUUUUCAUUCUCUUCUAAAACAUGUCCUGUUGGAAAAUACUGAUGCUGUAUUUUGUGCUAAACUUCGUCAUGUUUUGUACCUUGUUCUCCAACAUGAUCCUCCUUGGAAAUCUACAUCUAUGUUAGGAUAUUAUUUAGAUCUUCUUCAGUGUCCUAUCUGUAAGAAAGGCACAUGGAACUGGAUAGAGAUGCUUGUAAGGUCUUGUCUACAUUGCAAAAACAUUUGUCAUGCAGUCCCAGUUUUAGGGAAAGCAGAUGAACAGAGGACAGUUCACAAAACAUUAUUGAAGUUUUUCUUUGAUUUAGUAAAAGCUGAAGUAGAAUUUCUGACAAAAAGUUUGGUUGAAGGGACCAAUUCAGUGCACCAGCAAGUAAUGCCACAGACUGUUCUUCUGAAGACCUUUUGGUUGGGAAGUGAAACCUCUGUGCUUUUUACCAAACACAUAAAUAUUCUAGUGGAUUGGGUCAUACUCUCCUACAGAGAAUUGCAAAGGAAAAAUGAUGCUUUCAGACAUGAAAUAGCUUGUCUAUUAAAUGCAAUCCUUGGAACUGUAGUGGAUUAUUGGAUCGUCUCAGCUUUGCUUAUGGACAGAAAUGUAUUUCAUCAAAUAGCUGAUGAUUUAGCACGCUACAUUGCCAUUGCCUGUGAUGAUUUUUCAGUAUGUGAUAUUAAAAUGUUCAUUUGUUCCAUACCAUCCCUCUGGCUUCAAAUGUUUGUUGCUGAAGCAGUUUUUAAAAAAAUGUGUUUACAGAGAAAUGUAACUAUUUCUACAGAACCUCUUUCUCUUCAAAAAAUAGUUGGUCCCUAUUUUCUUGCUUUGCGGGAGGCAGGGAUGUGUGAGACAAGAAAAGUACAUAAAAAAAAGAAAAUAGGGCAUUGGCCAUGCCCUGCACCUCAGAGGGCAUUACAGAUGCUAAAUGGUGAUGAGCAGAACCAAGUCAAAGUGCUGCCUGAUCUACCCUCUUUUUUCAGAGACAGUAAGUGCUGUACAAGGAAGAGAGCCAAGGCUUCAGACACCAAAGAGAAUUGUUCCCCUUGGGCUGAAGAGGGGCAUUUUUACAAGAGAAAUGCUAAAGGACAGACAGCCCUGCAUGGAGCUUGCAUAAGAAACAAAGUGGAGAGAUUGAUUCAGCUUCUCUCUUUCCCUGGAAUAGACAUUAAUUCUAAAGACUAUGCUGGCUGGACGCCUUUGCAUGAAGCCUGUAACCAUGGCAGCACAGUGUGUGUCAGUGAAAUUUUGCAGCGUUGUCCAGAGGUAGACCUGCUCAGUCAAGUGGACGGGGUGACUCCUUUGCAUGAUGCACUGUCAAAUGGACAUGUAGAAAUUGGCAAGCUGCUGCUUCGGCAUGGGGGACCAGUCCUUCUACAGCACAGGGACUCCAAUGGAAAAUUGCCACUGGAUUAUGUUCAGUCCCUGCCAGUAAAGCAAGAACUUCUGAACAUUGUUCUUCCAGAAGAGAAAAUUGAAAGUUUCAACAAACAUAUACAACAAGAUGUCAGCAAUCAGCAAAAAGAGUUGUGGUUGGUUUUAUUUAACAAGAUGCUGCUCAAUUUUUGUUCUGUUUAUAAUCUGUUUUCACCUUUUACUUUAACUCUCAGAGAGGUAGCUCAUUCAAGUAUGCUUCUAGUAAUGACUGCUGAUAGCCAUAAGAUGGAAGACACAUUUCCUGCACAUUGGUUAGUAGAUACAUACUUUAAGGAGCUAGAAACUUUCCAAAAGCUACCACAGUUUAUUGAAGAGGUAUCUGCAUGCAUGUGUGUUUUUCCUGGAGAACAGAUGAAGGCUUUAUUAGCAACUCUGGAAACUGUGGUAAAGGCAAAUUAGCUCUUUGCUUAAAUCCUUUCCAUAGGUAACUUCCAUAACCAGGUUAAAUCAUGACUGCUAACCUACGAUAUUUGGCUGAUACUUUUUCUGGUCACUGAAGUAGAGAUGUCACAGCCGCGCAUGUUAUUAUCACCCAUUACAUCAAUACUUUCUUCUAGUGGGACUUGAAAGUCAGAUGCAUUGAUUCAAUGCAAUUUUUAGGCAAAAUCUGUCCACUCACAAUACCUUCUCACUGUCAGACAUCUCUGGAUGCAUGACAGCACUUCAAGAGGUGCUGUGUUGUUUUAAUCUUUACUUUUUCUGUCUUGGAAAUAUUUGUCGCCAGUCUGGUGCCAUAGUUGAGUUUGGUUUCUAAAGGUAGAACACCUUGAACUGAGUUACACACUAUCUAACAAGCAGCUUUUCCCUUAGAAAAGUGCAUACCUACAUAAUUUACUGCAUUUUAACAGAACCAAUAUUCUAACUGUCUUUCAGUAAACAAAAAUGCAGGGAAAACAAAUGUCUUCUCUGCAUCUUACCUAACCACGUCUUGUAAAAUUAAAAACAGAAGAUAAUAAAACUUUAAUUAUAGAAUCAGUGUGGUAGCACUUCCCUUGUCUUUGUUAGUUUGGUAGUACACUAUGAUGCUACAGGGCGCUAAUGGCCACAUUUGUUUAUGCAGACCAACCUGAGGAGUCUGGCCUAUGCACUUGGGUUUUAUUCGGCAUCCUAGUGGGUGUCACUGAGCUUUACAAUGACUGGGGCAUCUUCCUGCCCCCCAGGCCAGUGGUGCUGUAAAGGACCAAAUGCACCUUCAGCAUGAGUGAUGAUGUCACCAGCUCUCCUCUGCCUCAUGCUGGCUUGCCGUGAUUUGAUAAAUCCUAUAUGUUGGCAGUGCAUAAAGUCAUCUUGGUAACACCCCUGGGAUUUCUCCAAUCCAGAUGCUGGUAGUAGUAGUGGUAUAAAUCUAGCUGUGUUGGCGGAGGAAUUUGCUAAGGAUUAGACAAGACAGUUAAAGUAUGUACUGGGCAUCAGAUUCUGACACCAAGUAUGAAUCUCCUUAAAAAUUACAGCCCAUUUAAUGUGAGAAUUUUGUUCUCCGUUUUGUGAAUACAUGCAAACUACACAUGAUAAAUCCUCCAAACUAAUCCUCUAACCUAAUUUAGUAUUGUAUGCUAUAUAUUCUAUCAGAUGGUCCUUUUAAUUAAUUAAGAAAUAGAGAAAAUCCUGUGCUGUUCUUUAAAGGUACUGAGGCUCAUGCAGCUGCUGAGCUGUAUAAUUGUGCUGCGAGAGGUUGGGUGUGUGGAAGGGUUGCGUAUUUUAGAGAACUCUUGUCACAGAUUUAUACAGCAAUGACUAUCCUUCUGCCAUGCAUCUUUGUAGAGAUCUGGUACAAAUUUAGAUCAGACUAAAAUCUGAGAAUAUACACUUCUAGUGGAAGAUUAACUUUUCCCUUCCUAAGGAAGAGAAGGAAAUGCUGCUUUAGAAUAAGGACAACUGAUUUUAUUUUUUCUAAUGGAUUCAGUACAAGAUCAGGAAUAAUUCAGAAUCUUAGCCUUCAGAGGAAAGGUACUAAUUAGCAACAUUUCCAGUUCUCUUAUAGUAGCGAUUUAUAUUAUUUCAAAAAAAAGAACAUUAAAAGAAAGGGUGUGGAUAAUAACUGCUUCUGAAAUUGACGUUGCUUGACUAGGAGGAAUAAGUUACAUUGAUGCAGCUGGCUUGCAGCACACUAAAACUUCCAUUUAGUCUUUGCAGCAGAGACAUAUGAUCUCAUAGCAAUUAAUCUACUGAAGAUGCUCAGACUGGGUUGGUCUUCAAACCAGACCUUUUUUACAAAUGUUUAGUCUUUAUUAAUGACCGAUUAUUAUUUUUAUGUGUGCAUGCAGAACAGCCUGCUCUGGUAGAAUAGAGGGCCAGUUCUUAUUGGAUUUGUUUCUGUUUGUGCCUUUUUGCGUUUCCUACAGUGAAAGAGUUGGAGUGAAAAAGCAACACUCAGAAAGCUUUUGUUGUGUGUGAAGUUAACGAUCAACAAACUUCAGUAUUCCCUGUUGCAGGAUGUGAUGAAAGAAAUACUGUGCACAUACUUUGUAAGGGAUGAAAAGUAUGUCAGCUGUAUAAAAAUUUUCCUUAAUUAUAUCAUAAUAUUCCACAUCUAACUCUAGCUUAGAGAUUAUUGAUGUACAGUAUCAGUCUUCAAUUAUAUGAUGGCAUAUUUUUCCCUUAUGUUCUCUCAGUUUGAGUAAGGAUCACCUAUUACGCUCUUAACGUCGGUCAGUUUUAUACAUAUUCAAUUUUAGAUAUAAUCGUGUUUGCAGACUACAUAUCCUUGAAAAAUCUUAAAUAUAUUUCCAUCAUAUUUGACAUAAGAUUAUGUGCUUCAUCUCAUUUAUUAGAGAGCACCUAUUCUCUUCCAGAAUAGCAGUUUUUUAAGUCAUGAUCACAAUGAAGUGAGCUCUAUUAAGUGAUUAAACUGUCUCCUUUUAAAAUCCCUCCAUGUUUUGCAAGCCAGCGUGCUUCACAGAAGUUUGUCCUCAGCCAACCUCAGUUUCUUAGGCCUUUAGUAAGUUCCUCUACAUUCUCCACCUACAACAUGCAGCUGCAGAACAGCGCUGUUACACAUACAGACACCAAGUACUGCCCAGAGCAGCUGUUGGCCUGUUGAUAGCAUAAUGUUUGGUAAAAACAAAAUAGGCACAGCAUGCUGUGAUAUGUAGUUGGAAUUAUAGUAGCAUGCAGAGUUGUUGCUAAAGCAUCAAAAGUUGCUAAAAAGGAGUAGAAUUACACCAAAUUUCACUAUUAUAGCUUCUCCAACACAUACCUGUUGUUUGACAGCAGUGAUACUACUGAACACAAGUGUAUUAACGAUGAACUUUGUGUACAAAGAGAUUGGUGAUAUCUGUAAAGACUUUCUCCUGAGUGUUUCUUAUAUUUCAGAAUGUGACUCAUAGCAAAUAAAUGACCAAAGAUGACAUACAACAGUUGCCUUGGGUGUUUUGCUGCUGUUUAAUUCUUUUUUUAGGAAAAAAGCUUAGUUCACAUGGCUUAUUACUGUGGUUUUGAUGCCUACUGAAAGUUUCUGAUUGAAAAGUGUCUCAGAGUUCAGUGCCAGUGCUUCCUUCCUUCAGGUUUGAUAUUAGGAAGAAUUUCUUCUCCAAAAGAGUGAUGUUGCAUUGGUGCAAGCUGCUAAGGGGAGAGGAGGAGUCACCGUCUCUAGUGCUGUUCAAGAACAAUGUGAAUGUGGCACUGAGGAACUGGUCAGUGGUUGUGGUGGGGAUGGAUGGACCAUUGGAUUAAAUGAUCUUACUGGUCUUUUUCAACCUUAAUGAUUCUAUGAUUCUUUAAAAUACAUAACUUCAAACAGUGCUGAAGCUCUUUCCUACAUUGUGUUGCUAAAUACCUGCAUUGACAAAGGUCAGUUCCUGAAAGCUAUGUGCAGAGUUAACAGCAGCCCCCUGCCUCAAUGCCCUUUCCCUGUGCAUUUGUUUUGAACCCUUGGCUGUAGCAUCACACCGUGGUCCUCUGUGGCCAACAGCAGUGAAGUCAGAGCAACUCAUCUCCAGUUUCUUGGCAGGUGUGUUUAUGGCACUCAUCAUACAGACCUGUAUUCAGCUUUAACUGUCUGUAUGGAAAAGUUCUGGUUUUUUUUUCUGUUUUUCAGGGAUUGAGCAGAUCUGUCUGUGUGAGUGGCCAUUUCAUCACUUCCUGCGCCAUAUGCAAAAUUAAAUGCAAAUGGCUGUGUUUGAUCCAUUGGUGGAGCAAUAUGCUGGUCCCAGUGCCAACCACAGCAGAACACUGGGGACGUUUCAUGUUUGGUGAUUAUUCCCCACUGAACACUCUUUAAAAUCUGUCAGAUAGAUAGGUAACUUCUUUUUAACAUCUGUUAAAUGUUAAAUUUUUUUUAACAUCUGUUAAAUGUACAUUAAAUAAUCCUAUACUGUAUUAAUCAUCAAAAUGUAAUACACAAAGAGCCUUACAAGUUAAUGUACCUGUCAUCAUGUUUACCGGGAUGUGAAAUGAUGUUUCUUCAGGAGUUGCACUUUGCCAAACAUCCAGUCAUAUUCAGAUGAAGAUUGUGCAGAUGCACCCAAUUCAUCAACCAAUCUCUGUUAAGUAAAAAUUACGAACUCAAGCUGGCCUGAGAAGUAGUUUUAAGUCAGGAUAUUAAGAGCUGCUUUGAUAGUAGUAAGUUUUAGGCAGUUCUAGAAAAGCAGAAACCUUUUCUGGGCAAAAGGCUGAAUUGAAGAGUGCUUAGCAGUGCGUUCUCUGGACAGGGAGACCUGUGGGCAGGCAGAAGGUGAAGGGGGAGGCUGCAGAUCAAUCAGUGCUCCGCAGAGGGCUUCUUAUCUGCUGACCUGUGCUUGGGGAAGAGUGAUUUAAUUUCUCAAAAAAUAAUCAGAAGCGUUAAAAAAUGAUACCUCUGGUUGUAAUACACUUUUAAAAGGUAAAUCAGACUGUUUUGUCAGUUUUUCACAAUACCAGGAGUUAUGAUGGCUUCCCACAGCCAAAGGGACUGCUGGGAAGAGAGCAAAGGAUGGAGAAAAAAGAGCAAAAGCACUGCACUGCUGCCUAGCAAGGAAACUGAGACCCAUCUCCCCAGGGCUCUUUCAAUACAACUUUCAUUGAUCUUUAAGGAUGGCUAUCUUAGUGAUGCUAGAAAGUUGUCUUGAAUGCAACAGAAGUGAAAGUAAAAACAGCAGAGGACUGAUCAGUCAGCUUCUGCUCAUGGUUGGAAGUGCUGACACAGGGAGGUGUGCUUUCAUGGCUUGUCAUCUGUGCAGUGUUGAAGUCUAAUUAAUCUGAUUCUUGUCUUACCUAGACAAGCUUGUACACAUUUGCUAAAUGUCACCACUUUUCAGCAGAAAUUGUGAAGAAAGUCACAUCCUUGUUUAGCUGCCAG